UGUUUAGGUUACACGUUGCCGCUAGCCCCAAACAAUUCCUACCUUAGCUGAAACCGCGCCUCCUUUCUACGUCACAAUGUCAAUCAGCAAACUCCGACGGAAAACAACAAGCCAACUGCACUGCAGUCAUUCAUUGUUCAACUUCCAAACGAACUGAAUUAUAGUAAACGUAAUCAUGUCACCAAAACCAGUAGCAGACCUAGCCAGCUUGAAAGGCACCAAUUGCCAGUUCAAGUUCAUCGGUGAAGGCGCCGCCAACAUAGUCUUUGAGGUUGUGUUUCCUGAGGAAGACAUCACCACUCAGGAUGAUGGCCAUAGUCAGAUCUUGGACAUCCUGCAAGGGAAACUCUUACGAGUACCAAAGGCCAAUACCAAAGCCUUUCCACACCCCGAAAUCCUUCAGUACUGGGAGUCAUCCAUCAGUCCACUCUUCGAUAACCCCCAGGAAGACCUAGUACAGCAGUACCUCAUUCGUCUAGACAAUUCCGUCGUCUCGCAACUCAAUGCAAUUCUUGAAAAUGAAGACGCCCAGCGUAGGGCAGAUUUCCAGGGUACCAAGGUAGCCGAGGCGGAGUAUGGCAUGUUGGUUGAGGAUAUGAGGAAGAAAUCCCCAUUAGACUUCCUUCUAGAAUUCAAACCCAAAUGGCUCACCCCUUCCCCCUCCGCCCCCUCUACCGCCACGCGCUGCCGUAACUGUGCCCGCGAAGCCUACCGCCUACACAAAUCGCUUCGCUCCGCUUCCUCCGACCAAAACUCCUCCUGUGCCCUUAGCCACGAGCCACCGUUCUGCCCCCUCGAGUACCUAGCCGCUCAAUCCUCGCCCUGCUCUCUAGCCCGAGUCAUCGCAUCCAUGAACCUCUCCGCCACUUCCGCUUCUUUGGACACCAAGCCAGCGAUGAGGGAGAAUCCCGUCGGUGUGCAACCGGCUGUUUCUCUGGAUGGCGAGGACGAUGGCAGGCCAGGAAUGGACCAAGUAGACGAGCGCUACCGCGUCGCGCUUGUUCACUGGCUGCAAAGCAAUUCGUUGCUGCCCAAGCUGCGGGACGCGCAAGAGAGCUUGGACCCGGCGCCGGAGGGGACGAGUGACCAGGAGAAGCUGGCGUUGGCGAUGACGUUGAGGGAUUGUACCUGUUUUGUGAGGAUAUCGGAAGACUCGAAGGGAGGCUUGAAGGUGGAAGCCAAGCUGGCGGAUUUGGAUAAGAAGAAUUGGGAGGCCAAGUUGGAGUAUUGGAAGGGGAUGGAUGAGGUGUUGAAAGAGGGGGGGUAUUAUGAGGGGGUGGAGGUGCCGAGGAUUCGGACGAGGUGUUUCAUGGAGGUUGGGGCAGGGGAGGCGCCCUGAGAGUUUAUGCCAUUGAUGUUGUCAUGGGCUUUCAAGGGAGAUGGAUGGGCACUUGUAAUGGUGAUGGCUCGGUGCCGUGCUGGCCUUUAACAACCCUAAAUGAUGAACGAUAAAGCGCCGUUUUCCUUACCCAACACUAG